GGGACCGGAGAAUAAAAGCAGCGCUUUAUUCUUCCUGUCACUCAUAAACUCAUAACCGGACUGUAACGUUACACUGUGUUUCUGCUCUAACACAUUAUCCUGCACACCAUAGCGACAAACAACAACAAGGACAAACAAGGACAGCUUCAAGGCAAGUCGCAGAUGGCCCAGUGGCAGGAUCUGCUGAAGCUGGACUCAGACCUCCAGGGCCGGGUGAGUCAGCUGUACGAUGAGAGGAAAUUCCCCAGAGAGAUCCGCCACUAUCUGUGCGUCUUGAUAGAGAGCCAGAACUGGGAUUUGGCAGCUGUGGAUGAAAAUACAGCAAGUACUUGUUUCUAUGCACUCCUGCUGUGUUUGGAUGAACAGUGGAACCGUUCUGUCCAGGAGAACAACAUUUUGCAGGGACCUGAUUUUCCAGGAAUGAAAGACUACUUGCUGAAACACUUUGGAGGUGAGCCACUGAAACUGGCUGUAGUCCUCUCUGAAUGUCUUAAAGAGGAAAAGAAAAUUCUGGCUUCAGCCUCUGAAGCACAGGGUUGCAACAGCCCAGCUGUGGAUCAGAAAUGGAGAGAGUUGGACAACAAAGUCAAUGAACUGAAACAGAAGACUGCGGAGGUGAAGAAGGAAAUGAAGUCACUGGAGUUCCUAAAUGAAAACAUUGACUUCAUACAGAAGACGUGGCAAAGCCAAGUGGAGCAGAAUAUCGGAUUGGCCCAGUCCCAAGCUGUUGUGGAAGGGGAAUGUCUUAAGCGGACCAACCGUAUCACACAAACAAAGCAGAUGGUGCUGCAGCAGAUAGUGAACAUUUUAAAAUUGGCACAGGAGGUUGUGUUGACUCUCACUGAUGUGGAGCUUCCUGAGUGGAAGUGCAGGCAGCAGAUGGCCUGCAUUGGAAGUCCAGUUGACACGUGUCUGGACCAUCUCCAGAAGUGGUUCACAACUGUGGCAGAGGUGCUGCUACAAGUACGCGAACAGCUGCAGAAACUGCAAGACCAGAACAAGAAGUACAACAGCACUGAUGACUCCAGCCCCACUGGUCCAAUGGCAGAAAUUGAGAAUUUCACCCUGUCCCUCUUCAAAAACCUUCUUCUAAACGCUCUAGUGGUUGAGAAACAACCAAUCAUGUCGAGUUUACCUCACCGACCUCUAAUACUGAAGACGAGGGUGCGGUUCACAGUGUCAGUAAGGUUCUUAGCAAACCUCCCAGAGUUCAAGUGCCUGCUCAAAGUCAAACCUGUAUUUGACAUGGAUGUUGAAGAGGCCAAGACAGUUAAAGGGUUCCGUCACUUUGAUUUCAACAGCGAUGAUGGUAAGGUGUUGGAUGUGGACACGCCCCAUGGAGGCUUGGUGGCAGAAUUUGGUCACAUGUCACUCAAGGAAAGCAAAGCAAAAAGCAAAGGAUCAAAUGAGCCAGAAGUGACCAUAUUUGGACAGGAGGGUGGAUUUGUGGAGGAUAUGCAUUUCUACACCUCUAUCUUGAUGGACGGGUCACCUUGUAGCCACAAGAGCCUGACAGUCACUGAGGAACUCCACAUCAUUAAGUUUGUGACAGUGUUUCAGCAUGCUGGACUGGAAUUUGACAUUGAGGCCAGCUCUCUGCCUGUGGUUGUCAUCUCCAGUACCAAUCAGGUCGUCAGUGCCUGGGCCUCUGUCAUGUGGUGCAACAUGCUGUCCACCAGUGAACCGAAGAACCUGUCGCUUUUCAUCGACCCUCCUCCACUUGCCUGGCAGCAGCUGUCACAGGUUCUGAGCUGGCAGUUUUUGUCUGUUGGCCAACGGGAGCUUGACGAAUACCAGCUCUCUAUGCUCAGUGACAGAAUUGUGGAUGAUCCUGAUGGUCUCGUUUACUGGAGCAAGUUCUCCAAGAAUGAAAAUGCGUGGAUUUGGAUCGAUGGAAUCCUGGAUUUGAUCAAAAAACACCUGGUGGAUCUUUGGCGGGAUGGGUUCAUCAUGGGGUUUGUGAGCAGGGAGAGAACACGGCUUCUAUUGCAGGAAAAACAGGCCGGGACCUUUCUGCUGCGCUUUAGUGAGAGCAGCAAAGACGGAGCCAUCACCUUCAGCUGGGUUGAGCACUCCAAGGGUGACACCCAUGUGCAUGCAGUAGAGCCCUACACCAAGAUGGAGCUGUUAAACAUGUCUCUGCCAAACAUUAUUUACAACUACAGUCUGAGAGCCCAGAAGAGCAUGCACAGUCCUCUGCUCUAUCUUUACCCAGACAUUCCCAAGGACACUGCCUUUGGACGCUACUACAACAUCAAUCAUGUUGAAACGUCGGCACCUAAAAAGGUCGUACAUCCGUACGUUCACAGAACAUUGGUGCCUGUCUCAGAAAAUCCUACGCCACCUCCAUCUCCACCUGGGGAGAUGGUCAUCAUGGACGUGGAUGUAGAUACGAGACUGGAGGAGCAUCAUCAAGAACUCUUCUCUGAUUUACUCAACUUACCUGAACUCCCCGACUUAAUGACUUACCAAGAUAUGGCAUCAUCUCAGACCAACUUUGUUGAUCUAUAUAACACCUUUUGAAAAUGCUGCCUUAUUGUGUCAGAACCAGAAAGUUAUCAGAAUGGGGACUCUCACUCACCAAGUACAGGGAAUGUUUUCAGUACAAGAAAAAAAUACAGUACAAAAAAUAAGAAAACAGAACAAAGUCGCUUAUUGUAAAAAUUAAGAAUACCAUAAAAACAAUGAUCAACAUGUAUAAGUAUAAUUGUUUAAGAUUCUGCCAUAUGGAUAUAUUGUGCAAAGAUAAAAGCAAUUUUAAGAUAUUUAGGUGAUGUAAGAGGUGGUUCUAACAAAUGUGCUUUUCUACUGUACUGUUUAAAUGUAUACUGAGGAAAUUUCUAUUUGCACAUUACUUUUUCAAUGAAAAUGCCUGUGCUGUGUGUAAAAACACCAUGAUGUAUUGUAGGUGUUCUUCAAUUUUGUUUAUUAAAAUAAACAUAUCUGAAUGCA